UAUAGCAUCAAGCGACCCUGGAGUGUUAGGACGGCGCCACACGAAAGUCGAGCGGUGAGCACUAACCAUCUCGGACCAAACGCUGCAAAAGCAGAAGGAGCUUGACGAAAGGAGAUAUGCUUCUCUGUAGCUAUCUGUUCUGCGUCUUUUUUGUCCUGCUGCAAGUUGGCUCAUCUCUACGAGUCUAUAACCAAGAGCGGCACAGCAACAUCCUUAACACCAUCUUCGAGAAGAACGCCUACGACAACAGCGUCCGGCCGCCGAGCGUCAAUGGCACAGGUCCUGUUCGCGUCGAGGUGAGCAUGUUCGUCCUCUCCGUACCCGAGGUGUCGGCAAAGCAUAUGGACUACACGAUACAGGCGUACUUCAGGCAGAGCUGGCUCGAUCCUCGGCUGGCGUUCGACGACCGCGCCGGUGACGUUCAGUAUGUCACCCUCCACGACGCCGAGAAGAUCUGGACGCCAGACGCGUUCUUUUCCAACGAGAAAGAGGGCAACUUUCACAAUGUGCCCCGGCCCAAUUUAUUCGUCCGCAUCUUCCCGACGGGACGGGUUUUGUACAGCGCGAGACUCACGCUAAAGCUGUCGUGCCCGAUGAACCUGAAGAGGUACCCCUUUGACAUGCAGAGUUGCUCAGUCAUCAUACCAAGCUACAAAUACACGACGGAGGACAUUGUGUUCGCCUUCAUAUUGCACAAACCUGUGGAGUUCUACGACGGCCUUCUCAUGAGGAACUACAAACUGACUCAACACCUACUGGGCCGUUGCACGAGUCGAACGAUCACAGGUGACUACUCCUGCCUGCGGGUCGAGAUCUGGUUCCAGCGUCUGUCGCGGCCCCUCGACCUGCUGGUGUUCAUCCCGUGCGCCAUGUACGUGGUCCUGUCUUGGAUCCCCCUCUGGCUGGACAACACCGGUGCAGCCACGCGAACGCGCCUGGCGGUUCCCGCUCUGGUGCUGAUCGCCAUGGCCUCGACAGUGUCUAGGCUCCAGCAGUCCGAGUUCCCUCGUACCAGCUACACCAAGGCCGUGGACGUGUGGACUGCAGUGACACUCGCCUUCGUGAUCGCCCUCUGGAUCGACGUGGCGAUCGUCGAGCUCGUCGUUCGCUGUCGUCGAUGCGGGACCGGGAAGACGGUGGCGCCGGUGCCAAAGGCCGACGGCAAAAACGUCGGUGAAGCGGAUGCCAUCGAACUUGUGGAAGGUGCGAAGAGUGCCGCAAAGAAUGGUCCAGUGCGGCACAACUACCAAGGAACCUGGCAGACCCCUAUCAGGAACUGGCUGAAAGCACCGCGGUCGACCGCCGACAAAGUGGACCUCGGCUCUCGCAUUGUGUUUCCAGUCGUAUUCUUGCUUUUCGUUGUGGUCUACAUCCGGAACUACGCAGUCAAGGCGGACGUUCGCGAGGACUGGAUCUGACACCGUGUGCCACGGUGGCGGCGGAACCUGCGCGAACCGGCAGCGGUUCAUGCUUGCCAUCCGUCAUCGCGCGCUGGUAGACUUGCACGCAGGCUUCAGUAGAGCGCACGCGUUGUAACUUCACAGCUGGAGAAAGCUUUAGAGAAAGCACGCACGCUGAGACGCUGCACUUGUACGCUUAAUUGCAUGCACAGAAUGCUUGUGCAUUGUUCGUUCAGACGCGGCGAACAAAACACCUUGCUGCAAGUGUGUCGUUAUUGCUCUGUUGUAAGAAGAAAAGAAAGAAAGAAAGAAGAAGACGAAGAAUAUGAAUAAAUAAAUGAAUAAAUAAAUAAGU